AUGGCCGCCAGGAAGCAAAAUGGCCGCUGGGUUUCCAUGUUUGAGGCCAAGAUGGCCGCCAGGUCAUGUGAUGAUUGGAUCAAGAUGGCUGCCAGGAAGCAAGAUGGCCGCUGGGUUUCCGUGUUUGAGGCCACGAUGGCCGCCAGGUCAUGUGAUGAGUGGAUCAAGAUGGCCACCAGGUCAUGUGAUGAUUGGAUCAAGAUGGCCACCAGGUGUUGCUGUCCCCUUGUGGUCAAAAUGGCUGCGAGGUUCAAGAUGGCGGCUGGGCGGAGCCAAGAUGGCCGCCCCAAAGGAACAAGAUGGCUGCUGCUGAUGUCAUUGAUUUCAAGAUGGCCGCCAAAAGGUCACCGCGUCGGCCAUAUUGGGGUCAAUCAAAGGUCACCGCGUCGGCCAUAUUGGGGUGACCUUGUCGGCCAUUUUGGAACAUCAGGGGUUCCCCUGUCCGCCAUAUUGGGGUCACCCUGUCCGCCAUCUUGGAGUCAAUCAGAGGUCAAUUUGUCGGCCAUAUUGGAACCACCCCGUCAGCCAUAUUGGGGUCAACCAAAGGUCACCGCGUCGGCCAUAUUGAAGUCGAUCAAAAGCGACCAUGUCAGCCAUAUUGGAACUACCCACAGAUCACGUGACAACACCCACUCCGCCGUCGGCCAUUUUGUGCUCUAUCAACCACUCCACAUUGACUCCGUCAGCCAUUUUGUAUUUCCCCCCCUUGCGCGGGGGCGGCCGCGCAGCGCCGGGGGGGCUGCAGCCGGCGGGGCGGGGCCGAGGGGGAGCCCCGCCCACGCCGCCUCCUCUUCACGGGGGCGGGGCCUCCGUUAG